AUGUUUCAUUUUGUACCAAAACCAAAUCUAGUGAACGAUUGCCAAGCUGAAUACCAACGCCUGGACAAAAUUGACGAAGAACAACUGGCUAUGGAGCAUAUUUCUGCGCCCGUGGAUUGGCCGAGUUUUGGGCAUUAUUUCUACUUCCUUUUUGCGCCUACUUUACUCUACCGCGACGUCUAUCCACGCACUGAACGAGUUCGACGGCGUUUCCUACUCACCAACUUGGCUCAGGUGGUUGCCUCCAUCUUCUUCGGCUACCUAGUCCUCACAACCUUUAUCUUUCCUCGCUUUGCAGAACACUUCUGCCUCACUUGGCGGAGUCUCCUCUGCCAUGUCUUCAUUAAUUCUCUGCCCACUCUGGUAGUCAUAAUGCUGGCUUUUUUCUGCUUUCUGCACUCCUGGCUCAACAGCUGGGCAGAAGCAAUGCGGUUUGGUGAUCGCCUCUUUUACCUGGACUGGUGGAAUGGGCGCACAAAUCAGGACUACUUUCGUCUUUGGAAUGUAGUCGUGCAUAAUUGGCUUUAUACCUACGUCUACCGAGACCUCCAAUUGAUUCUACUCCGACGACAGCGACUCCUGGCAGCUGCAGUCGUCUUCUUAUUGUCUGCUUCUAUCCAUGAGUACGUGAUGGCUCUGUCAUUUGGUUUCUGUCUUCCGGUGAUGUUCAUCAUUUUAGGCUUCUUUAAUUUCUUUCUUUUCUCCCUCUCUCAGCAAGGUCUUCAAGGUAAUCUUCUCUACUGGCUCUUUCUAUCCAUACUUAACUCUGUCACCAUGAUGUUUUAUACCAUGGAGUGGUAUGCUCGAGUGAAUUCCACAUCUGGUAUGAAGAGUUUCUGGUUUCCGGAAACCAUGCGUUGUGGUUACAAGUCCCCUCAAGCUGGGGUUACCAAGUGA